AUGGAUCCUAAUCAUAUGCUGCCACGGCCUGGCGAACGGCAACGGCCCUCCUCUAAACAGAACCGCUUCGAUCCGACGCGCGACCUCUCCUCACCGCCGUCCUAUGCGCCUCCGAGCUAUCAGAACCACCCGCAAUCCCGCGCCGAACUCCUGCCACCCAUCCUACCGCCAGCUGCCGUUCACCAUGAUCCCGCGUCGAACAAGCUGCCCUCGCUAUCGUCCCUGACCGGCCCGCCCCCGCCCUCCCGUAACCCUCCCCCGAUCCCGACUUCGCGGCCGUCAACCUCGACUUCAAUCUCAUCCAGUGCAACCACAAAGACGGCGCCUGCCCCCCAGGAACCUGCGGCGCCCGCCAUCACGCACUGGCCGAGCAUGAAUCCGUUCACAACCUACUACACCCCGAGCCAUGUCCAGCAGGCUGUCCAGUCUCCCGCCAAGAUGGAUGUGGACACCACCUCCAGCGCCGGCAACAGUCACACUGGCACCUCGCCUGACAGGUUGUAUGACGCGCGAAGCGUCAGCGUCAGCCUGGACGACCCAGAAGUGCGGCUGGCAGCUGAAGCCUUGGGAGAUCUCAGAGCAGGGUCGCCAGCCCUGUCGCUCGCGGCGCGUUCGAGCACAAACACCCAGUCACCUCAACAAGAGCCGCUCUUCUCGCUCCUCACAACAUCUCACCCUUUGCUUGCGACCACCAUCGAAGGUGCCACCUCGGCUUACAACAACUCCAAGAACUUCUCGCCUCGCUUCAAGACGAGCGCCGAGUGGUUCCUGGGUGAAGGUCGCCGGCCUUCGGACCUUGAGGCUGGGCAGGGUAGCUCAAAUAAGAGGAGGAAGGUCAGGGGCGACGACAUGGUUGGCGUUGUCGUGGAUCCCGCUGCGCAUAUCCUUGCCGCCGCUGCUGUUGCCGAACAGGAAUCGAACCGCGACUCGUACCUUUUCAAACAUGACAGACGCCUGUCGAGGGCCAGCACCAUUGAUACACUCCCCGCUUACGACGAGUCUCGCUCUCCAGCCUACACCGAAGAUGACAAGCAGAAUGCUCAGAGGGGUAGCGCAGCUGAGGCGCGCAAGUCCCGUCUGGUCAUCUCAACGUCUGGUCUAGCCGUGUCAAUGAGCAAGGAAAGCCUCCGAAGCCUGAAGUACUGCCUGCGAUGGCUCCGACUGGCCAACGACCACAUUGGCGGCGUCGUCGGCCAUCUCAAGACGACACUUGAACAGUAUGACAAGGCUGCGGGCCCCGGCCAGGAAGUCAAGGCCGAGCAGUCGCCUGACGUUGAGACUAUGGAAGUCGAUGGCCGUACCUCCAAUGAUACGGAACACCAGGAAGACCCCACUGUUCUCGCCGCUAGGAUCACGGCUCUCAAGGCCGAUAUCCUCAAGAACUUGCAGGCCGCCAUCGAAACCGUGUCCAAGUACGCCGGCGGAGCGCUUCCCGAGAACGCACGGGUCUUGGUCCACCGACAGAUCACCAGCCUGCCGCAGCGCUUCCGCUAUGCGAGCAUGGUCGAGCAGCAGCAGAACCAGGAGGGAGGCGAGAGGCAGCAGGAGGAGAUAACACGCGAGGGCGCCAACAGGGUGCUUGUCCUGGCCAAGGAGGGCCUUGACAUGAUCACCCAGGUCAGCGGCGUCAUUGACGGAACCAUUGUCAGCGCCGAGGAGUGGUGUGAUCGUCUCGGCAGCAAGCGCAAGGAUGAGGGCUCGGUGCUGCCGGAGGCACAUGUGCCGGUUGGGGACGUCAAGACGGCAUGA